AACUCUGUGAAAGUGCAGUGAUGUGGCCUGUGCUCACAUAGAGGUCUGUUACCCUGCAGUGAGCAUUUGUAGAUGAUGGGGAGUGUUCAGCUUUCAUAUUUACGACUUUUAAAUCUUUUUAUAGCUGCUUUAUUGGAAUGCGGAGCUCAAAGACCCUGUGAACAGCCUCAUCAGUUGAACAUAAGCCGUGUUCAGCGUGACAGCAUGUCCAUUUCUUGUUUAACCACAACCCACCUGCUGGAAACUCUAACAGUGAAACUACGCAAGAAUAACCCAGUUAAAGACAUCUUGAUCUCGCCAGCAUCAGAGCACCAGAAAUGGUCUGUGAGUAAACAUGCUGGUAAUAUCAGACUUAAUCUGAAAGACAUCCAACAAACAGAUGAAGGCCUUUAUGACUGUGAGGUCUACAAAGAUCAAGACUGCCUUAACGCAACUCGAUUUACCCUGACAGUCAAAGACUGUACAAAAAUGAAGUCUGUCACUGCAGUAUCAGGCUCUGCAGUGCUGCUGCCAUGCUCUGAACAUCCUCAACGAAACACAACUGAUAAAGUCACUUGGAAAGUCAUUGAAGGUCACGGGUCAACAGAUAUAACAAAAUAUCGCUCAUCAUCCACAACCUCAAACAGCACAGAAAAACUCUCAAACCCUCUGUUUGAGAGAGCGAGACAACUAGAGAAUGGUUCUCUGUUUAUUAGAGAUUCAGUAAAGGCUGAUGAUCUGUGGUAUCGAUGCAGAGUGAAUGAAAAAACCUGCUAUGAAGUGAAGCUGGUAAUCAAAGUGGCGAUGAGGAGACCCUGUGAAAAGCUUCAUGAGUUGAACAUAAGCUGUGUUCAGCAUAACAACAUGUAUAUUUCUUGUUUAACCACAACACACCCGCUGGAGUCUCUAAUGGUGAAACUACGCAAGAAUAACCCAGUUAAAGACAUCCUGAUCUAUCCUGACAUCUCUCCAGCAUCAGAGCACCAGAGAUGGUCUGUGAGGAAGCAUGCUGGAAAUGUUAGACUUGAUCUGAAAGACAUCAGAUUAUCAGAUGAAGGCCUUUAUGAGUGUCAGGUUUACAAAGAUCAGGACUGCCUUAACGCAACUCGAUUUAUCCUGACAGUCAAAGAGUGUAAAACGUUGGAGCCUGUCUCUGCAACAUUAGGCUCUGCUGUGCUGCUGCCAUGCUCUGAACAUCCUCAACAAAACACAGCUGUUCAAGUCACUUGGAAAGUCAUUGAAGGUCACGAGUCAACAGAUAUAACACAAUAUUACUCUCUAUCCAAGACCUCAAGCAGCACAGAGAAACUCUCAAAGCCUCUGUAUGAGAGAGCGAAACAACUAGAAAAUGGAUCUCUGCUUAUAAGAGAUGCAGUAAAGGCUGAUGAACAGUGGUAUCAGUGCAGAGUGAAUGAGAAAACCUGCUGUAAAGUGAAGCUGCUGAUCAAAGAUGAGACGUUUCAUUCAUUGACAACAGUGACAACAUUUUCCACAGCACCAGAGAAGACAUUGCAUUCCGUGACAACAUUUUCCACAGCACAAUUAGAUCCUUCAACCCCUUCUGAGAGUCCUGUUGGUCUACUGAAAGGCAACAGUGCUGCACUCGUGUCAAUGAUAACUAAUCUGACAGUAGUGGUGAUGGCCACAAUAACAUGUGUGAUUCUUUAUUUCAAAACCCGAAGCAACAAAAUCAACAGCCAGAUUGAACUGAACUGCAAGUCAUUUGUCUGUUAUUCAGAAAUGUCAGGAGGGUUUGAUAUCCCGCUAUGUGAUCAGCCUAACUGAACAGCAUAUACUCAACAAAUAUUCAUGAACCUGAACAAUAUUAAAAUAAGCAAGCAAGCUAACAUCCAUGACAAUAGAAUGCAGUAAAAUAAUUGAAACCACUGUAUUUAAUGCUUGUAUUUUUUUUUCUAAUGAGUUCAUAAACAUGUUUUGCUUAAAGUUUAUUUGAGAUAAGCAAUUCUUGUAGUUUUAGAGACUGGACCUGUCCCAGUAUUCACACUUGUGGUCUUUGCAUUUAGCUUGGCUUCUUGUAUACUGAAUAUCUUAUAUUUGACCCAAUUGAUCAAGUAAUUUUGAAUACUGCAAGUACAUAUACAAUUUUUGCUAAACAUGUAGUUUCAAAUAAAAAGUUAUUAACCCA